GAAAGAUACUCUUUAUGUUUUCGGGCAUCGCUACACUACUAACUUAUGCAAACACGAUGAACCUAUGCAAACUAACACACGCACUUCAAAUAUAAAAUACCCGCCGUUGACGAGGCCGAUCAAGGUCGUGGAGGCAAAAUUGACCCGCACCCGUUUCGAGGCUAUUUUGGGUUAGUGUCUUAUUAAGCUGCGCAACUAUGUUUAUUUAUUUAUAUCAGCUUGAAGUGUUUUAAGCGCGCGUUGAAGAUUUCUGUUUUUUAGGAAUGAGAUUUCGUUGUCUAACUGAAAUCCAAUGCUUAUAAAUAGCCGGUUAAUAUGACUUUCGAUACCGGCUUUAGCGUUAGUUUUACAAUGGGAUGUCUUUACCCACAACAGACAAAAUUUCCACAAAAAGGGAGAUUGGCUCUUUAAAACCAUUCUUCGCAAGUAACUACACUUUUAGUAGUACCCCGACUUCUGCAUGCUUUCUAUAGUAUCCGUUAUAUUCCUAGUGAUAAUGUAAGUUAGGUGUCAUUUUUCCAUCACUGCUCAGGUGGAUGUGCAAUCUCCCUAUGUUUGAGAAUUUUGGCGAAGUGCCGAUGAAAACGUUAAGAAAAUGUGGAUUAAAACCUGAAAAUCUUUCCUGCCUUAUGCACUGCACAGUCUUAUUGACUUGGAAUGGUUGACAGCAGCAUUUUCGAUGAAAUACCUGAAGAAAUAAGCGCUCAGUUAGUUUCUUUUUCAGAAGCUACUGAUGAUGUUGAACAGCUUGUAAACAAAAUUAGCAACUUUUCCAAUGAUUCUAAUACUGAGGUUAGUGAUUUGGAUGCCAUCAAAACUGAUCUGUCGUUAUGCUACGCCUUCAAUGCUUUGUUUUUCAUGUAUCUUAGGUGCAACGGUGUAGAAACUCAAAGUCAUCCUAUUAUGCAGGAAUUGGAUCGUGUAAUGAAUGCGUUGAAAAGGUGUAGAUCGCUAGUAGAAAAAGAAGGCUCUGCACGUUUGAAACUGGACAAAGAAGCUACAACAAGAUUUGUAAAACAUGCCUUAUGGAAAUCUGCUCAUACCAAAACUAAGAAACGUCGCAUGGAUUCAUCUACUUAGUAUUGUUAAUGAUAAUUCUUAAGUGGGAAGACCUUUAUUUUGUUUCGUUUUGUAUGUAUACAAACGAAUUAGCAAUCAAAUGUAAAUUUAUACUUUUCCAGAUGUUUUUUUCUGAUUUGAAUAAAUUUAUUGUACAAA